AUCAGAUUGGAUCAAUGGGUGAGUGUUUGCGCAUGUCAUUUCCUGGUCGGUCAUUCCUGAUUCCAUUACAGAUCCAGCCUUCUGAGGGAUCGGACACUACUCACGCCAACGUAUAUAGCAUUGCCAUUGUCCAUUUCCUUGUGAGAAGUCAGUUCAAAACAACAGGAUCAGUACAGUGAAAGAUAAUUCAACAUAACCGAACGGGACCCCGAAAGUAUGCAAUGGGCAGCCAUGAAUGUUACAGGACGAUUUCAGCAAAACUGGUUCAUCUGGGCUGUUUGGCAUUGGAAGGGAGUACAGGAGAGGGAUCCCCUCUCAGCUGGGAGGAUACCAAGAAGCACGCUGACCACGUGAGAAAGCAUGGCAUUCGACAGUUUAUAAACAUGUACAGAAAGUUGAAGGAUAUGAAGAAAGACGUACUCUACUGGGGAGACGAGGUUGAAUACAUGCUGGUGAAAUUUGAUGACGAGAAGAAGACGGCCCGACUACGUCUGGAUGCUGAUCGAGUGCUGGCCAUUCUACAGCAACAGGAGAAGGAAACUCCCCACGACCAUCCGUCGACAUGGCGACCGGAGUAUGCAUCCUACAUGGUGGAGGGUACCCCUGGCAAACCAUACGGCGGACUCUUUGCCCACUUCAAUGUGGUGGAGGCCAAUAUGAAACUAAGGAGAGAAGAAAUUCAGAAAUGCCUUGGACCAAAUGAAGUACCACUAAGUUUGACCUCCUACCCUAGGACUGGGAGUGGCGUGUUCUCCGAUCCCCCGACCUACACCGAUCCUGCCAACAGUGCCUCCCGCUCACUCUUCUACCCCGACCAAGUUGUUUUCCUCGGACAUCCACGCUUCUUAACAUUGACAAGAAACAUCCGAGAAAGACGCGAAGAAAAAGUGUGCAUCAAUAUUCCGGUAUUCAAGGAUACCAACACCAAAUCACCAUUUGUAGAAGAUUACCUCCCCUUGAAGGAUGAUGGAGAGGGCGCUGCUGCAGCACUGCCGGACCACAUUUACAUGGACUGUAUGGGCUUCGGGAUGGGCUGCUCUUGUCUCCAGGUGACAUUCCAGGCCUGCAACAUUGAUGAGGCCCGGUACCUCUACGACCAGCUCACCCCGCUAUGUCCCAUACUGCUGGCCCUCAGUGCAGCCUCACCUGUGUACAGAGGCCACCUUGCUGAUAUAGAUGCUCGGUGGACAGUCAUCUCACAGUCUGUAGAUGACCGAACGAAGGAGGAGAGAGGGGAGAAGGAGUUAAAAAAUAACAAAUACCGCAUCACCAAGUCACGGUACGAUAGUAUUGAUAGCUACCUAAUGGAAAUGAAUGAGGCCUACAAUGAUGUUGAACUAUGUAUAGACCAGGAUCUCUGUAACGAGCUACAGGAAGCAGGUAUAGACCGGACAAUGUCGCGACACAUAGCACACCUGUUUAUACGAGACCCAAUCUCCCUGUUCAGUGAGAAGGUUAACCAGGACGACAGUUCUGACACGGACCACUUUGAGAAUAUUCAGUCAACGAAUUGGCAGACCAUGCGGUUCAAGCCGCCUCCUCCUAACAGUGAUAUUGGCUGGAGAGUGGAAUUCAGACCAAUGGAAGUGCAGUUAUCUGACUUUGAAAAUGCUGCUUAUACCGUAUUUAUUGUUCUGCUGACCAGGGUCAUCUUGACCUAUAACCUCAACUUAGUAGUACCCAUAUCAAAGGUAGAUGAGAACCUGAAGACAGCGCACCAGAGAGAUGCAGUGUUGGAUGGCAAGUUCAAUUUUAGAAAAGAACUUUUCACAGAGUGCUCCCCAGAAGAGAUUGCUAAGUGUAUGGCAAAGGGCUGUCCUCGUCAAAAAUGUGAGUGUAUGGAUGACGAGUACCAACAGAUGUCCAUCAAUGACAUCAUCAAUGGCAAUGGUGAAUUUCCAGGUCUGAUUCCCCUGAUUGAGAAGUACAUUGCUAGCCUUGACACAGAUGUGGAUACCUGCUGUACAAUAACCAACUACCUUAAGUUCAUCUCUAAGAAAGCUUCUGGUGAAUUGAAGACAACAUCGAAAUGGAUCAGAGAAUUUAUACAUAAUCAUCCUGCCUACAAACACGAUUCUGUUGUCUCAGAAACCAUUAAUUACGACUUGUUGAAGAUGUGUACGCAGAUAUCAACUGGCGAGAUUUCGUCACCUCUCGUACAGCCGACAGUGUCGUCAAAAACCACGGACGACAUUCCAACUGCCAUGUCUAAAGCAGAGGGCUAUCUCAACGAGAAAAACACAAGGUCACGUACAACUAACGGUCUGCGCUCCUAAAUACCACCGUCACCAACAUGAAUAGCCAAAUUGUCUUGACCUGAAAGAAUUGUUGUAAACAGAGAUUGGUUUUUAAUCUAAGUUGUGACCUUGUCAACAUAGUACAGUAAAAUCCCACUUACAAGAACUUGUGGGACCCAGAUCAAUAGCUCGAGGAAUACAUGGUAUUCAAGUAAUCCGAGGUUGGUUUUAGAUCUUCAAGUAUAUAUCUGUCAAAUCUUGUAGAACUCGGUAGGGACCAAACGAACUGUUCGACGAAUGAGGGGUAUACGAGUAAACCGAGUUCGAAGAUGUGGGGUUUUAACUGUAUUCAUCACUUUUAGUAUGUAGUUCUCAAUUUUUAACCCUUUCAACCCUAUGCAACUUUUGUAGACUCUCCCAUGCAUUGAUCUGGAUAAGUCCAUUAUGGUCUACAGUGGUAAAAGGGUGAAGCUGUGUGCUUAAGGACAUGCUAUAUAACUAUUAACUUACUGGAAAAUGAGCCAGAAUAUGGUGUUAUUGCUCAACUUAUUGAUUUCAGUGGUACCAGUGUUUUAGGGAGGAAAGCUGUAAUGCUCUUACUGCUUAUGUUCCGAUUCAGCAAUUAAUCAUUUAACUGAUUCACCCCUGAAGACACAUUUGAGCUCUUCCAAUUCAAAGGUUGGAAUAGUUCAUUACGAAAUUUCAGGGGUGAAUGAGUUAAACAGAAAUUUGACAAGUAAUACCCGAUAGACUUUAUUAAGAGUGUGUUUUUGUUUCAAAUGGAGAUGAUACAGUAUAGUGGGUUAUUUACGAGAACUUAAAUUUUUCGGUUGAAAAAAAAUCAUCAGCAAAACUAUAAGAUGUGUGAUACAACCUAUGUAUAUGAAUCGUCAUAACAACAGUACUAUUUCAUGAAGACAUUACGGUUAUGAAAUUUAUUAUCGCAGCUCAUUUUUAGGUCAGCUGAGACAAAGGCCGUUUUCGUUUAAACGGUUGAACCCGUUCCGAUGACAGUUGUUCGUUUAUUAAAUAAGGACGGACCUAGUAAU